UUGAAGAUAAUAAUUUUAGGCUUUGGGCAAAAAGUCUUGAUCCUCAGUUUGAAAUACCAUGUGUUAAUACAAUUAAAACCAUUAUAUUUAAUUUCUAUAAUUCUAUAAUAAACCAAAUUAUAGAUCUUAUUUCAAAAACAUCAGAUACAGUUAUACUUGAUAUGGGAGAGUUGGAUAAAUAUAAUGCAUCUAAUAUUAUUAAGUUAGUUAAUUUGGUUCUUAAUAAAUUUAAUAUUGAUCAUUCAAAGAUCUUUACUAUUAUUACAGAUAAUAGUUUAAAAGUCAAAUCUGCAGUGCAACAAUUGAAUAUUACUAACAUAAAGUGCACUAGACAUACACUUCAAUUAAGUGUUAAUUUAGGUUUAAAGGAAGUUGAUAAUCUUAUUUCAAAAUGUAAAUCACUUAUUGCAAUUUUGUCAAAAGAAAAAAAUAUAAACAGCUUCAUGAAGCUUAAUUACAAAUUACUCCAGAGGUUAAAACAACUUUUAGAUAUUAUUAAAGAUGUGGAUACAUAUUGGAAUUCCAUUCUUUAUGCUAUUGAACAUCUUAUGUAUUUAAAACCUAUUAUUAUACAAUUAUACUCAACUCUUACUAAUCAUACUAUUAGAAAAAUUAGAAAAGGGGCAGAAACUAUGGGUUCUUUUAUUCUUUCUACAGAAGAAUUUGAAUUAUUAGGAGAACUAAUAGAAAUUCUUUUUCCUUUUAAUGAAGUACUUUACAGGAAAAAGUAUAAGGCAAUCCUUGUUAAAGAAACGAUAUUGGACAAUUUAAUUGAAUGUUGGAGAGAUCCAAAUGAAAAUAUGUGUCAUCAAUUUAAUGAACUUUGUCUAACACCAACCUCUAAUGAUAAUAUUAAUGAUAAUUUGAUUUUAGCAUUUUCACAUUCAUGUAAAAAAUUUAAAAUGUCAUUAUUUUUUAAGCAUUUACGAACAGAAACUCUAAUGUUGAAUCCAAUGAAUUUGACUG